GCCCCAUCAUUGGUAUCAGUGGUAGGAAUAGUGCCUCAUCAUUGGUAUCAGUGGGAGGAAUGGUGCCCCAUCAUUCGUAUCAGUGGGAGGAAUGGUGCCCCAUCAUUCGUAUCAGUGGGAGGAAUGUGCCCCAUCAUUGGUGUCAGUGGGAGGAAUAGUGUCCCAUCAUUGGUAUCAGUGGGAGGAAUAGUGCCCCAUCAUUGGUAUCAGUGGUAGGAAUAGUGCCCCAUCAUUGGUAUCAGUGGGGGGAAUAGUGCUCCAUCAUUGGUAUCAGUGGGGGGAAUAGUGUCCCAUCAUUGAUAUCAGUUCGAGGAAUGGUGCCCCAUCACUUGUGUUAGUGGGAGGAAUAGGGCACUAUUAUUGGUGCCUGUAGUAGGCAUGAUACCCCAUCAUUGUUGUCAGUGGAUGGAAUAG